UUGGAGAUUUUAACACUCAAUUUUUAUUUUUAAAAAUCAAAAAUUAUAAAAAUUUUUGAAACACAAAAUGGAAGAACAAACAUCCCUAGAAGAAUUUUCCACACCAAUACAUGUAAAUACCUUCGCAUUUCCGAAUGAACCAGAUUUGCGUUUGGUUCACGAACUCUACCGACCAUCGGAGAAUGUCAAAAAGUUGGAACGACGACGAACAAUCUUUCCCGAAUUAUUUAUAGAGAACUACAACUUGGGGACAUUGGCAGAUCUCUCAGUGCGUUGUUUGGCCCGGGCAUUCGGUCCUGAUCCCUUGCCCAUCAUAGCUGAUGAUCCUUUAAAGUUAAUGGUACAUUAUGAUUCAUUGGAUAUUGAUAUGCCCUUAAACCAAUGCUGUCACAUAACCUCGGAACGAUUUUGGAAGAGAUUGGUGCUAAAUAAACAUCCUGACAAAAGUUUGUCCCUUCAAUCGAAUAUAAAUUGGAAGAAUUUGGGAAUUUCUUUGAAACUAGUGGAAAUGGUGGAGGCUUGUCCAGCCGAAUAUUGGCCUGCGGAGGAAAUGUCAGAAUUGUUGCAAAAGAUACAGGAAUUUGUUCUUGAGUUGCAUAUCAAACGUUUGCAGUCGCUGAUGGAAAGAUCCUUUGAGAAAUAUUUUAGUUUGAAAAAGGAUUCAUCAACGACGGAAGAAGAUGAUGAUACGAAUGAUGAGAUUACUGAUUCACCCAUACCUACUUCCGAGGAGGGUGAUGUGGACGAAGAGCUAAAAGCCAAGACUGAAUCCCAAAUAGCCUUGGCCCAACAAUUGGCGGAAGAGAAAGAGCAACGCAAAAUUGCCCGGCAAAUUCUUAGACAAGACAAAGCCAAUGCUCGUCAGGAAAAAGAAGAAAGACGUCUGAGACGUGAGGCCAGACGUCACGAGGAGGAACAGGCGGCCGAAGAACUUAAAAAGAAGAAGAAAAAGAAAAACAAACUACCGAAAAGUGUUUUCGAAAUUGAAAUUUCCGAAAGUGAAGAUGAUGGUGAGCAGUUUAUUGUGGAUCGUCGAAAUCUGGAGCUAUAUUUAAAACACAAGAGGGGUUAUAAUUACCCUGCCGAACACUGUCAUCACAUUGAUCUGAGAUUUGUACAACACUUGAAGAGCCUGACAGAUUUCACCUUAGAAUUUUCGGGGCCACUGCAGGGUAGGCAAUAUCAUCAGCGUCACUACAAUUUCUCCCACGAGGAUAUAAAGAACUUGGCCUACGGCAUAUCCUUGGCACCACAAUUAAGAAUAUUUCGUUUACGCAACAGCCGAAUGGAUGCCGAAAAACUUUUGACCCUAAUUCGGGGUUUAAAACACCUCGAGAAAAUAGAAUCUGUGGACUUUGGCUAUGACCAGCUAAUGGAUGAUUGUGGCAAUGCCCUAUAUGAACUGUUUGAAAAUACGCAAAGCAUUCGUGGUCUGGAAUUGGAAUCAAAUCAAUUGGGCGAGGAGACCCUAAGGACAUUGGGUGAAACUUUAAGCCAUUACACCCAAGGAACUUUGGAGUAUUUGGGUCUUGCACGUAAUCCAAUAAAUGAUGAUGCUCUUCAUGCUUUGAUAUCGAAUAUUUUGGGUACUCCACAUAUCUCUUCGUUGAAUUUGAGAGGUAUAACUUAUUUAUCGGAAGAUGGGUUCAUUUGUUGUGUGGCCCAUGAGUUGCUGAGGCAACAUUCAGUUUUAAUGCAUUUGGAUAUUACCGCUAUUCCCAUUGGCCCAAAAGCUGCAGAUCAGAUGAUGCUAUCACUGAAUUCAAAUGAAAAAAUAUUGAAUUUAGAUUACCUCGCCUGUGGUCUGGAUGAAGAAACUGAGCAAGAUAUUGCGGUGAUUUUGAAGAGGAACAAAUUCAUUAUCCAGAAUCCUUAUAUUGGAGAUCAAACUAAAACCGAUGAGGACAUUGAUGAGUGGUUGAACACAACGACGAAUCCAAUACUUCUACGAGUUUUGGCGAAACGUGAAAAGCAAAAAGAAUGCCUUUCCCAAAAACCCAAAGAAUUUGUGACAUCGCCGCAAACCUCACCCUUACAAAGUCAAGAAUCCUUUAAACUCGAAACCGAUGGAAGUGUCUAUGGGCAGAUAGCAUCAAACUCGGAAUACAGCAUGGAAGCAAGAGAACCAUUUGUCUACGAAUCAAAUCAAUUUGAUGAAAAGGAAUUUUUGCAACAUCUCUACUUACCAGGACCCAAAAAUCGCUAUUAUCAUUUCAAAACAUUAAGGGAUUGAAAAAGAAUCUUGCCAUGUCAUGUCAUUGUUUAUUACGACAGAGCGUGGGCUGGGGCUGGGUUUGCCGGUUGGCACAACAAAUCGAUAACCCUAAAUUUCUAUAGUAACAAAUAUUUUUCGAUUGUUUUAUUUGUUUGAUUUUUAUUGUCAAUUUCGUUUCCUACCUGUUUCUGUUUUCCUUUAAUCAAAGAAAGAAAAAAACAAACGAAAUCCAAAAAAAGUCAAAAUCAUUUUGACAAUUUUAUUAUUUAUUGAAAGAAAUUAAAUGUCCAUAACAAAUCUAUUGCAAUAAUUUUUAUUUAAUAUAUUUUUUCUUAUAAACAAUUGUUGUCGAAACUAAAUAAAAAACUCGUGGAACAAGAUA